AUGAAACCCGCUGAAUGUUUCCUUCUGAACUCCUCCUGGACUUCGCUCAUAAGCCACGCCCCUUUGCUCCGCCUCAACGCUCUCGACUUUUCCGACCUAUGGGAUGAUGAGGAUCUGGAGCUGGACAGUAUUGAUGAAGACUCUGUCCACACGUCACCCAAUCAGACUGCAGCGUCCCCCGUGGUCCCGCCCCCUCCGCCUAUAGCCCCACCCCUAUCUCUAGCCAGUGAGUCGCCGCGGUCGAGUCGUACUCUGAGGCUCCACUGGAGGGCGCUGCUGAGUCUGCAGCCCCUGCCGAGAGUGGGCCGAUUUGGGCCACAGUCUAUCUGGGCCGCCCUGGAGCCUGUUCAUCUGGACACCAACAGACUGGAGUACCUGUUUGAGAGCAAAAACAACAGCGCUCUCUGCAGUCUAACAGCGGGACGACGGAGGUUGCAGACUCUGGUUCCCACUGAAGACGAGCUAAAUCUGAUAAAGGAGGUAAAGGCUCGGACCCCGUGUUCAGCUCUAGGUUCCGCAGAGCAGUGUCUCCUGACCCUGGGGGACGUCCCUCAUCUGAGGGCCAGACUGCAGCUGUGGGCCUUCACCCUGGACCAUGACACACUGGAGAGAGAAAUUGCAGAGCCGCUCUUUCAUCUGAAGCUCGCCAUGGAGCAGCUGGCGACCAAUCAGACGUUUCGAUGCAUCCUCGCGACUGUGCUGGCCGUCGGCAACUUCCUGAACGGCUGCAAGGCCAAAGGGUUUGAGUUGAGUUACCUGUGCAAACUCUCUGAGGUGAGAGACACACACGGCCGACAGCCUCUUCUUCAUCAUGUAUGUGUGUUACUGCUCCAGCUUUACCCACAAUCCUCUGAUCUCUACUCUGACAUCACUGCUGUCACAAAAGCCAGCAAGUGUGACUAUACGCAAGUUCAGCUGAAUCUCUGCCAGCUCGAGGCCCUUUGCAAAGCAUCAUGGGAUCAACUCAGACUUCUUGAAAAGGAUGGAAAGAAGAAGAAAGGUGGAGGAAGGAAAGAUGGAGGUGUGGAAGAGGCAUCAUCCCUCCAUCAGCGGCUCCAGCUGUUUCUGAAAGACUGCGAGGAAAGAAUGAAGGUGCUGCGAGCCGUUUACCGCAGAGUCAUUAACAGAUUCCACUCGUUCCUGCUGUUUCUGGGUUACUCGCGCUCCAUGGUGAGAGAAACCAGUGCAGAGGCAUUUUGUAAGACCGUCAGCGACUUCGCUCUGGAAUAUAGAGCCGCUCGCAGUGCUAUCGUUCAACAGAGGGAGAAAGAGAAGGAGAGAGAAAAGGAAAAAGAGAGGAAGAAAGACAGCCAAAACACAACUAAAUUCAAAAUCAAACUCCAGCAAAGCCCAUCUGAUGAGAAUCAAGAGCAGGUGAAGCUUGAGGAGGUUUUGAAGACUCCCGAAUCUUCAUCAUCCUCAUCUUUCCACUUUGACUUUACUCUUCCACGACAACGCAGCAAAUCGAGCGACAAGAGAGGUUGUCACUCGUCCCGAAGGCUGAAGUGGUGAACACCAGUCCACAUGCCUACAAAAGUUUUGAUGUUUGGGUUUGUCAUCCAUUUUAUAUUAUUCAGUAUGAAAUGAAACUUGAAUUAUUGUUAUUUGAAGGGUACUUUAUUUAGCAUUGUUACAGUUUUAGAUGUACAUUAAUGGUACUGUGCUAAACUACACCACACUGUUUUUACUUGUCAUAAUUUUUUGUAAUGAUUAUGAAUUUGAUAAAAGCAUUAGCAUAACAGUUUUUUUAAUGUGUUUUAGCUGUGUAGUUAAGUUAAAUGCAUGCACUUAUACAAACAACCCACAUGAAAAUACGCUAUAGUAAAUAAUGUUAAAUGCUGUGUUUUUGUAUUUUCAACUAGUUGUUAAAGAAUACUAGUAGUAAGAACUGAUAUAUCAG